UUAGGUUAGGUUAGAAUACGGUACAUGCUUCUCUCUGACGUCUCUGACGGUACGCGCGUGUCGUUUUCUGACCGAAAGCUUACUCCGAGUUGGUUCAGGUUCUAACUGAUAAUGCUAGCGAGGCGAUUGGCAUUCGCCCGCGGUAAACGGCUGUGCGAGCGUUCGCGCUUACCGGAUAACGUGCUCGCUCAGGCGGCACGCGGCUACGGCGUGGAACAUGAGAAACGGCAGUACCUGUGGCGGGAGAACGAGGAGGACGCGGUAACGCCCAAAUUCAAGGACGACCCGGAGAAGCCCAAGUCGUUCUUCUGGUUUCCCACGUCCGCGCCCAAGGAGACCGACUUCACCUACGGCAAUAUCUUCAAAUGGUUCAGGCACCAUAAGGUCUCGUACGCCAAGCUCAGCCAGUCGUUCGACCCGCGGAGGCACGAGAUAUUGGGCGCCAACCUGGCCACCGCUCACUUCCUCGUCUACCGCGGCGGCCGGGUCAGGUUCAGGGGCGACGCCCACUGGACGGAACGGAACGAGAAGGGCCGGUACGACUUACCCGUCAACUACGAUCCGCGCUACAUCCUCGAGGCGGUGGACGUCAACGGGUUCGAUCUCCAUUACGAAGGCCUGAGCAACUUUUGCGGCCUCACGAAGCUCAAGUGGCUCAGUCUUAAGGACUGCAAGAACAUCGACGACUGGGGCCUGGACAAGCUGUCGGCCGAGCUCCCCGAAUUGGAGCACUUGGACAUCUCCGGCUGCGAGAAGAUCACCGAGAGGGGACUGGAAUGUCUGUACAGAGUGCCGAACUUGAAGAAGCUGAUUGUAACGAAUUACAAGAAGAGGUCAGUCGGAUUCGAGCUGAGUUGCCUCAUGCUGGAGGAUUGCAUACCGGGACUGGCCUGCGAAAUUCUUACGCCCGAAGAAACACAGACAGACUAAUGUCAAUGUAAUUAGAAACAUAACACGGUUUGUAAUUAUAAGAUCUCGAAAGAUAUUUAUUUGUAUUUACACAAUACUUAUUUAAUUAUUAUUUGCACAAUCUCAACCGUCAGGCGCUAUAAAUUAGGAAUGUUAAGCGAAAUACUAACUACAGCGUGAAUAAUAAUUUGCAUACAAAAGUA